AUGAAGAACACUAUCGGAGCUGUUCUCUUCGGCACUGCCCUUGUUGCAGCAGCACCACCUGCUGCUCGCCGUGAUGUCGACACUCGCUUCCCCUACACGGGACCUACCAUUCCAGUUGGUGACUGGGUUGAUCCUACCGUCAAUGGUAACGGCAAAGGCUUCCCUCGUCUGGUUGAGGCUCCAGCUGUGAAGCCGAGCUCAGCCAACCCUACCAACAAUGUCAAUGUUAUCUCGUUGGCCUAUGUUCCUGGCGGCAUGCACAUUCACUUCCAGACUCCUUUCGGUCUUGGAGGUGCCCCUAAGGUCCAAUGGGGCACCACGCAAGAUAACCUUUGCAACACUGCCGUAGGACAGUCUAACACCUACGCUCGUGAGCCUCCGUGCUCUCUGGCCCCUGUCACUCAAUGCAGUGAAUUCUUCCACGAGGUCCAAAUUACAGGUCUCAGACCCAACACCAAGUACUGGUACCGCAUUCCUGCUGCAAACGGUACUACUGAGUCCCAGACACUCAGCUUCCGUACCGCACAUGCUGCUGGAGAUCGUUCCGAGUUCACCGUCGCAGUUUUGAACGACAUGGGUUACACCAAUGCCCACGGAACUCACAAGUACCUCGGCAACGCUGUCGAUGAUGGUCUUGCUUUUGCCUGGCACGGAGGUGAUAUUUCUUACGCAGAUGAUUGGUACAGCGGUAUUCUUCCUUGUGAAUCCUCUUGGCCAGUCUGUUACAACGGCAGUUCCACCAGACUUCCUGGCGGUCCUCCUUACCCCGCAGAGUACCUCGAUGCACCUCUUCCUGCUGGAGAGGUUCCCAACCAGGGUGGUCCUCAAGGUGGUGACAUGUCUGUGCUUUAUGAGUCAAACUGGGAUCUUUGGCAACAGUGGAUGAACAACAUUUCUACCAAGGUGCCUUACAUGGUCCUUCCUGGCAAUCACGAGGCUGCUUGCGCAGAGUUUGAUGGAGGCAACAACACUCUUACUGCCUACCUCAACGAUGACAAGGCCAACUCUUCCGCACCUAAGUCGGAGCUUACCUACUAUAGCUGUCCCCCAUCUCAGAGAAACUUCACAACCUUCCAGCACCGUUUCCGCAUGCCCGGAGUUGAGAGUGGCGGCGUUGGUAACUUCUGGUACUCUUUCGAUUAUGGUCUAGCCCACUUCAUCAGCAUCGACACCGAGACGGACUUUGCAUACAGUCCUGAGUGGCCCUUCGUCCGUGACAUCAAGGGCAACGAGACUCUGCCUACCGAGUCUCAAACCUUCAUCACCGACAGCGGUCCUUUCGGCCGCAUCGACGGCAACCAAUGGAAGAACAACAGUGCUUACGAGCAGUACCAGUGGUUGGCUAAGGAUCUUGCCAGUGUCGACCGCACCAAGACUCCCUGGAUCUUCAUCAACGGCCACAGACCCAUGUACAGCAGUCAGACCGCUUCUUACCAGGCGAACAUUCGCAACGCCUUCGAAGCUUUGAUGCUCGAGCACGGCGUGGAUGCAUACUUUGCUGGUCACAUCCACUGGUAUGAACGCUUGUUCCCUCUCGGCCGCAACGGUACCAUCGACACUGCCUCUAUCAAGGACAACAACACCUACUACAUUAACGAAGGCAAGUCGAUGGUGCACAUUGUCAACGGUAUGGCAGGCAACAUUGAGUCACACAGCACUUUGGAUGCAGGUCAACCUGUUCUUAACAUUACUGCAGUGCUGAACCAGAGGGACUAUGGCUUCAGCAAGCUGCAGAUCACACCUACCUCUGCAACUUGGACAUUUACCAAGGGUGCUGAUGGUUCGGCUGGUGACAAGCUCACCCUGCUCAAGAGAAACAAAUAA